AUGGAGACCAUGUUCCAAGAAACUCAGUGCCUGGAUGUGCUCACAAGAGGUGUGCUUGCCAGAAACAUGAACAUGCCUGAAUCCAAGGUGCGGAAGUGCUUUAACAAUAGGAGAGCCAAACAGAGGGCCAGUGAGAAGAAAGCUCAGAUUUCCUCACUUUCAGAUGCGAAAGCACCCCUGGUCUUGCCCUCUGGGGAGGGAAGAAAGGGGGAAGAGAGUGACCGGUUGGCCCCUGGCCUGGCAGCCUCAGCAGCAGAAUGGAGAGGAAUAGAACUGGAGGACCGGGGGAGAAAGCGGAAGAAAGGAGAAAAGCCUUCUGCUGUAGAAACUUCCGGCGUCACAGAUGAAUGGGCCCAAGAGGGUGUCAGCAGCAGUAGUGGAAAGAAUGAGUAUAGGCCCCAGAAGCCAGUCCCUGAGCAUAGGUGGGACGCUGGGGAUGUGCAGCAUGUGUCAGGGCUGAUGCCUCGUGUCCAGCAGAUGCAACCUGUGGGAUCCUGGGUACAGUCUGUGUCCCAAAUGGAGCCUGGUGUACAGCCUGUGACCACUCCUGUGCCCCAUGUGCAGCCUAUGCCAAUCAGUGUGGAUGAAAUGAAAUAG